AGGUCUGCAUUGUUAAAGCUAUGGUUUUCCCAGUAGUGAUGUAUGUAAGUGAAAGCUGGACCAUAAAGAAGGCUGAUCGCCGAAGAAUUGAUGCUUUUGAAGGGGACGACAGAGGACGAGAUGGUUGAACAGUGUUCUCGAAGCUACUAACAUGAGUUUGACCAAACUGUGGGAGGCAAUGGAAAACAGGAGUGCCUGCCGUGCUCUGGUCCAUGGGGUCACGAAGAGUUGGACACGACUAAACAACAACAAUAAUUGUUUAAUUGUAUAUUGAAAUGGAAAAUGAUUCUGUAUGUGUGUUGCUUAAGGUUUAACAUAGGAAAUUACCAUUGAAGCUAAGUAAGAGCUCCCAGUAAGUGCCUAACAAGUUGGUAGUUAACUAGUAAUGUAUCUCAGCUGGCUCUGUUAUGAGCCUAACUUAGAUUACAUAGUAUUCAGUUGCAAAUCACCAUUUGGAGAGAGUUGCCUUUGUUCUCAAGCCACUGAAGACAAAGGUCAGACACACUUUGCUCCUAGGCCUUCCCCCUAGGAAACACAGAUCUCACUUCUAACACCAGUGUUAACAAGCCACCCCAAUCUCUGCCAAGCAGUGCACGAAAUUCCAGGAGUCUUGGCCCUGAACAAGGGUCUGUGUCUCUUCAAGGCAAAAUAAGGCAGUGUCUGUCAAAUAUGGUUUAUUUACAACCUGAGUGUAGAUGGAGUACAGAAUUUACAGCAUCCUCACCUCAGGAGCAUCUAGUCCUUCCCCAUCACCUGGCAUUGCAUUCAGAGCCAUCCUAUGUGCCAUCUCUUUGUUUCUGCUUCUUGCCUCCACAGCAGCUCGUUGAAUUCUGCACCACUCUUUCCCAGCAAACAUUAAAUUUUCUAAAGGCACAAAUUUUCCUGUGACAUCAUGCCGUCACCUUGGCAACCUGCCAAUUCUCCUGUCUCUGACCACUCCUUGGAGUGGGAGGGGGCUGAAGGACGGUUCUUUUGCAUUGUCAACAACCCUUAAUGGUGCAUCACCUGGUUCCCCAUGGUUCCUUAAUGGCUCUGAACUAUGCCAGCCCAGCCACACUGUUUUGCAUAAACUAACCCAUUAAUUCCUUCUCUGCCACAGUUCUGCAGCUUGUACUUUCCCUUCAUAUCCUCAAAAUUAGCUGAAUACUACUGUUUAUUGGUUUCUAAUAUUCACUGACAGUCUCUGGUAUCCCAACUGUGGCAACGCAAAUGAUGUAGAAAAAUGAUGGGGAAAAGGAGGAGGGGAAACUCCACAGUUCCCUAACACCUACUUGAUAUUCCAGGGAAUUAACACAAUGUGCGUGAUUUCCCCCCUCCUACUUGGGAAAUAGUAUUUUGGAAUUUCCUGCACCUACCACUCCUCAGGAGUUUGGUCAGUGAAUGGUGAUGUCACAAAAAGGAUCUAUUCCCUCUUCUGUUUGGCUGCACAUACAUCCCUAUAUUAAUUAACCAGCGCUCAAACAAUGCUAUAAAUCAGCUAACUAGAGUAGGUAAGAGGGAAAUCCCCAUAAUUGCAAAGCGGAACAAACGCCCUUAGGUGAACUGCCAGAGAUCUCGAGCAGGUGUUAUAAAUAAGCUGACUGAAGCUAGUUCACUCACAUCUGAAGAGUCAAAUUCUUUUGAUGCACAUAAGCAGCAGCAUGAUCAUGAUGACUGGCUUCAACAUGAAGAAUGUGCCCUUAGCUGUUCUGGUGGGUCUGCUGCUACUCCUGGGCAUGUGCGAAGCCCAAAGCAACCAAGAUUGCUGUCUUUCCUAUACCAAGACACCUCUUCCUCGCCGGAUUAUCAAAGGAUUCACAGAACAGCUUUCCAGUGAAGUCUGUGACAUCAAUGCUGUCAUAUUUCACACUAAGGGUGGCUUGAAAGCUUGUGCAAAUCCCAGAGAACCUUGGGUGAAGAAACAGCUCCGCUUGUUGAGUAAAAAACUCAAUAAGAUGUCACAUUUUCCUUUUUGAAAUGAAGCAAGAGGCAGAGCCUGGUCAAAAAAACUAAACUAGGUUGAAAUCAUACUUCUGGACACUGUUGUGUGCUUGCUGAUCACUAAUCCCUGGAUUUUCUGGAAGCAUAAAAACUGAUUCAUAUUGUAUCAAGUAUUUGUUUGAAUGGAGCACCCCAUCCAAGAUGCUUUGUUUGCUUAUGCUGGUUCACAUUUUGUGAUUAACUGAUAAGUGUGUGUGUGUGUCUAUCUAAUGUUCCUCACUGGGUCAAGUUCACAAGUCUGUCAUAUGAUGUAGAUGGUAAUGAUCACUGUCAUUGGCAAAAGGCUGCUGCUAUCAGGUGUACUACUCAUUUGCAAUAUUUAUUUUAUAAAAUUUAUAUACUGCUUGAUUAUAAAAAGAACUCUACAAAACUUUAAAGUUGUUGUCUUAUUGCAUGUUAUGUCUGGACUGUGGCCUUUGUUUGGACAUUCUUUUUAGAUGAAUAAUAUAACAGUUCCAUUGUGCAUAUGUUGCUACAUGCGUAUGCGUGCGCGUACACACACGCACACGCACGCACACACACACACACACACACAUGGAGAGAGAGCAAGAGAGAGAUUUGUAGGUUUAGGUAUAUAGACCUUUUAAUGUUUGAAGAACACAAGGCAAGCCUGCUGGACCAAGCCAAUGCUCCAUCUAGCCCAACAUCCUGUUCUCACAGUGGCCAGGAGAUGCCUGUGGAAAG